AUGGCCUCUUCUGCUCCCCUUACUGCCGCACAAACACACGCCCUAUUUGAUAUUCUGAUCCACCACCAAAUUUACGCCGAAAUCGAAGCCUUCAAAUACCCCACCACCAUCGACCAAUAUGGCUACCCGUUUCGCAAGGCCGAUGGCGUGCAAUCAACAAGCCCGCUGCUGCAAGUCAUGCUGAACAAAUUUGCCCUGUCUAAUCCGGCGGUACGCGGCUUCGGGGAGAGCUUCUGGCAGGACAAGGUCAGGACGCUGGUGGCGCGGCUGGCCGAGGCCGAGCUCAGUGAAAGUUAUGACAAAGGCGCAAUUGGGAGCCGCAAGGCGCUCGCGACGGCAGCGAGCAGCAUCGGCGAGUAUGUUGCGAGGGGUAUGCUGGGCGGAUACCCCGUGGCCAGGAACCAUGAGGCGAAGAAAAGCUACGACACCAGCAAGGCAGAGGACGUCAUACAGGGCUUCGACGCCCUUAUGCACGGUGUCAUCUAUGGCGACUUGUUGGACGACAUGUUCGACAAGGUCAAGGCAACGCCACGGCUAGAAGAUCAUGCGAGUGUGGUCCAGGCGGCCCAUGAGUAUAUCCUGCUCAAUGUCGCCUCCUUUCUCCACCAUGUCUUCAUCAUGUCGCCUGAUGGCCAGUAUCUCGUCCGUCUCCUCGAGAACUUGCAUCGCCUUAUCCCAUACAUGGUGAUCAAGCAGACGCUCCGUGUGGGAAAUGCUGCGACCAUGAUCAACGGCAUGGUAAGGCUGAUAUUGGCGAAGCUCUCUGUUACAGCCAUGACCAAUUGGAUAGGUCUCACCAACAACACAAAUGAUGGCAUGAACCUACUGCAACAGAUCAUGUCGACCAUACUGGCGUGGGAUACGUCCGAGUUUCAGAAGAGAGCCUCGAAACUCGAGUCUUCUCGCGAGGCACCGGACAAGAAGGUGUUCAAGGCAAUCAAGAAAUUUGUCUAUGCGUCCCGAGACAAGCACGAGACCGUGCGAAGCCAGUCGAUAUCAGAAUCCAAGUCAAUCGUGGCUGUCAUCCUCGAAACCGCAGACCAACCAUGUAAGAUCGACGCUGAGUCGCUUACCGAGUAUCAACACAGCGUUGCCAUGGAGUACUUUAGCACAUAUCUCUCUAUACGGGACCGAGAAGAGCUCGUCAAAAUUCUGUGUAGAUCGAACCCAGACAUACUCACUUCGGCAGUGCGCGAGGCUGUAGCGGGCAUGGACCCUAUCAUUCGCGCCAUCCACAACGCCGUUGAUCUAUCUAGCACUGUUACAGACGUCGAAGCAUUCCUGACAGAUCUGAUCAAGACGUCAAAACCAAAGAAGUCAACUGGUCGCAGGAGUAGAGAGACGUCACAGUCCCGCCCCAGCUCCCCAGGCCCAGCCAGCAUUGCUGACCAAGAUGCUAGCGAAGUUCCCACAGUAGAAGACUUUGUUCAGUUACUCCGAAAACACGCCCCCUCGAUGCACAAAUUCCUCCAUCAAGUCACCAAAAAUGCGCCUGACCUGGCAAAUGACUACCUCAUAUAUGCCAAGCGCAUCUUUAGCGAAUACAAAGUCGACGCCGUUGCCAAAGUUGCUGAGGAGCGCGGCGAAGGUGGGGCAGGUAAUAUGACGGCACCCUUGCACGCCCUGUUCUCCAGCCUACCAAACGAGAAACAGAACAGCCUCAAGAGACUCUUGGAUCAACACGAAAUACAUCUCCGUACACUCAAAGGCACGUCACAAUCACGCCUCGAAUCUAUAAUGUCUUCUUCUACCCAAUGCACGCAAAAGGGCUCAACACAUGGCCCGGGCAUGUACCUCAGUCGGUGGAACUCACUACUCAACUCUACACUCAUAACGCCAGCAACAAUACAUGGACCUGUGCGCAAAGGCUGGGAGGUGAAAGGAGAGUUGGAUGGCAAGGGGUUGAAGACGAAUUCUUCGUUGGUGAAUGUGGGGAAGAGGGAUAAGAUGUUGGGCAUGGUGGCAGAUGGUACGGGUGAUGAGGUAGAUCAAAUAGAGAGGAAGAGAGAUGGAGAAGAGGAAGAAAGUAUGAUUGAAGUUUGGGAGGGGAUGAGGGAUGGCUGGGUUGGCGUGUGUCGGGGAUUGGAGGUCAUGGGUCCGGACUGA